UGUUAGAGUAUUUCCUGUGGUGGUCGAGAAAAUAAACGACGGGUUUGUUUUGCUAUCUAGAAGUUGAUUGAAUUUUUGUUAAUAUAUUGAUAUUGUUGAUCGGGCAGUCAUGUCUGGACGGGACGCCCUCAACAUGAAGCAACCGCCGAUCCAGUCCACGGCUGGUGCUGUGCCGAUUCGAAAUGAGAAAGGUGAGAUUUCGAUGGAGAAGGUGAAGGUGAAGCGCUAUGUGUCGGGUAAACGUCCCGACUAUGCUCCCAUGGACUCCUCUGACGAGGAGGAGGAGGACUUCCAGUUUAUAAAAAAGGCAAAGGAUGCCGAGCCUGAGAUGGAAAUGGAGGAAGAGGUGGUGUCUGACCCGCGUCUCAAGCGUCUGCUAAGCGUCUCUGAGGAUGCGGAGGAGAGGUUGGCAAGACACAGACAGAUCGCAGAGCCGGAGGUGGUUGCAGAGAGCAGUGAAGACUCCGACGAGGGAACCUGGCACCCGGAGAGAGCACCCGAAGAGAGCAGUGACGAAGAGGAGGAGGAAGAGGAAGAAGUGGACGAUGAGGAAAUCGAGAGGCGGCGAGCGAUGAUGCGCCAGCGAGCGCAGGAGCGGAAGAACGAGGACAUGCCGGAGAUCAUGGAGGUGGAGGAAGAAGGGAAUUCUGGCGCGGAGAAGGAGGAGUCGGAGUCAGAGUACGAGGAGUACACGGACAGUGAAGACGAGGCCGAGCCGCGGCUAAAACCAGUCUUCAUCCGCAAGAAGGACCGAGUAACAGUGGCGGAGCGCGAGGCRGACGAGCUCAAACAGCGGGAGCUGGAGGCGGAGGCCAAGAAGCAGGUGGAGGAUCGGCGGCGCUACACCYUGAAGAUCGUGGAGGAGGAGGCCAAGAAGGAGUUUGAGGAGAACCGCCGCACUCUGGCUGCUCUCGACUCCCUGGACACGGACGGGGAGAAUGAGGAGGAGGAGUACGAGGCGUGGAAGGUCCGGGAGCUCAAGCGCAUCAAGAGGGACCGGCGUGAGUAG